AUGGCACAGAAAUAUCAGGAGAUCAUCGACACCGACUUGCAGAAAGGUUUCAUAGUCAAAGUUGAUGAUUCCUAUGAAGACUCAACAGGAAAAUGGUACCUUCCUCAUCAUCCAGUGACAAACAUCAAUAAACCUGGCAAGGUACGCCGAGUCCUUAAUGCAUCGAGCAUCUACAAAGGAGUAUCACUCAACAGCAACCUACUAACUGGACCAGACCUCGUCACAAACCUUACUGGAAUCGUUAUGCGAUUUCGCGAGUACCAAAUCGCUAUUUCUGCCGACAUUGAAGCAAUGUUCAUGCAGGUCUUCGUGAGCCGAGAGGAACAGCCGUAUUUGCAAUUUCUGUGGAAGGACAACACGGGCCAACCCGCAACUUUCCAAUACACCCGCCACAUCUUCGGAGCUACCGACUCACCAUGUGUUGCCUGCUACGCCACUCGACAAUGUGCGAAGGACAAUGCCGACAAAUAUCCAGCCUUGGAGCAAAUCACAAAACGCAACAUAUACAUGGACGACCUAUACAAAGCAGUUUCAACACCGACGGAAGCGACACAGUUAAUGAACGACCUUCAAAAGAUGUUCAGCCUUGGAGGUUUCAACCUCACAAAAUGGACCUCAAACUCUCAACAAUUCCUCACAACAGUCAACGAGAACCACUUGGAAAACAGCGACAGCCUCACCAAGAAGGAAGGACCCCUCGAAAGAGUUCUUGGAGUGAAAUGGAAACUAGACACGGACGUCUUUCUUGUGGAAGCAAAGAAGUUUCACGCCAUUGACAAGAAGGACUUAACGCAGCGCAAACUAUUGAAGUUUGCUUCUUCAAUCUUUGACCCGCUUGGAAUUACGAUGCCACUGACAAUUCGACUACGACAAUCACUUCAACUUGCCUGGAGUAAUGUACCUCAAUGGGACAAACCUCUAAACAUGAAGCAUUUAACAGACCUCAACGAUUGGAUAGACAAGCGAAGCCAAUUCAAAGACAUCUGCCUGCCCCGGAUUUACUUCAAACCAGAAACGAAGAUACUGGAAACCCAACUCCAUGUAUUCAGCGACGCCUCCGAACUUGCCUUAGCAUCAGUUGCUUACCUCAGAAUCAGAUACGACGACGACACAACGGAACUCAAGUUCGCCAUUGGAAAAGCCCGAGUAGCACCCAUCAGCAGAAUGACAAUUCCAAAUCUCGAGCUUCAAGCCGCCACUAACGGAGCUAAACUGUCUCGUUUCAUCAAAGAACAACAUGACAUACGAAUCGACAGUACGACACUAUGGACAGAUAGUACAACAGUUCGUCAUUGGAUAAAUUCGCCGAAUCAACGACACCGGAUCUUCAUUGCCAACCGCCUGAAUUUCAUCAUGGACUCAACAUCUUCACUGGACUGGAGAUACGUGCCCAGCAAAGACAACGCAUGGUUACAAAGCAUGUGA